UUGAACUUUUCUUAUUUUUGACAUCUUGUGUCACAAAAACAAUGAAGAUCAACCGCCAAACUAAAAUUACGGGUGAUCUUGUUUUUUUGGUACCUUACAGGGAAAUCCACGUUCCUAGGUACCACGAAUGGAUGUCCUCGGAAGAAUUGCAGAAGUUGACUGCUUCAGAACCGCUCUCAUUAGAACAAGAAUACGAGAUGCAAAAAUCAUGGGCUGACGAUGAAGACAAAUGCACUUUCAUUGUUUUGGAUAAAGCCAAAUAUGAAGAAACAAAUGACGAAGUUGAUUCUAUGAUUGGUGAUACCAAUAUUUUCAUGACUGACAAUACUGAUGUUACCUUGGCAGAAAUUGAGAUCAUGAUUGCAGAGACUUGUUAUCGUAGAAAUGGAAGAGGAAAAGAAUCAACAUUAUUAAUGCUCAGAUACGGUAAAGAACAACUGGGAAUCAAACAGUUCCAUGCUAAAAUUGGGCUAGAUAAUAUUGCGAGUAUUCAAAUGUUCCAGAAGAUUGGAUUCCGCGAAAUUAGCCGGAGCGAAAUUUUCGGUGAAGUUACCAUGGCGGUCUUCUCCGACGACGAUGCAUUUGUACGUUAUCUGAAAGAUCACAUUGGUCAAUACAACGUGUCCAACCAUUAUUGAAUGGCAUUUCUCUUGCUGCAUAAUAUGCGUCUUGAAUUGCGAGCUGGACUUCCUCAGCGAGUUGAAAAGAAGGAGACGACCGACCCCCCACCUCGCUUCUUUACCAAAAUGCCUCUCACUGUUGUGCAAUAGAAAAAGAAGAUAAUAUAAACGACCGCACUAAAUCAAUUAUCUACAUGCCUA